AUGAUAAUAUUAGAUAGCAUUCAGCAAGAAGAACGAUAUAAUUUCAAUGAUGAGGAUCUUAAGUUCAAAUUGGAUCGACUUAAAUCAGGUGCUGGAAACCUGUUACGAUCUAUGUUUACUAUUAUGUUAGCUGCUAUCUUUUAUUCUACUCUAUGCAUAAGUUAUGGCCUGUUUCACAAAACCGAAACGACAUUUAUACGUUCAAUUAAUAUGAUGUACAUUUUGAUCUGGAACGUCGCGAUUCCUGGUUUUCUCCACAUUUGUCAAAUUAUUCAUAUAUUGAAACGUUCAAAUUUUGGUUAUGGAAUUUCUGGUAAUCUAGUUAUACCGUUGGUAACAUCUCCAAUAAUCUCAAAUUUCGAAAUAAUUCGAAAUGAAAAUAAUGAAAAUGAACUACCUUAUUACGUAAAUUCUGUAUAUGAAGAUGAUCGUAAAUUUCUUUCAAACAAAACUUCUACAAAUAAUAUUAAAAAUAUUGAAGAAUCAAAAAUUUUUGAAAGAAUGAGAGAAAACCAAUUUAAUCAAGUUAUUGAGUCAAGCUCCUCUAAAAUAUCAUAUACCAGAUCAUCUAAUGCCUCGACAUCAAUUUGUAAAGAAAGUUCGAAAGAGAGGAAUGUUAACAAAGAUUGGUUAAUCGAGGCACCUAAAAAAGUUCUUAUUCGAAAUAGUUUUUCAUCCUAA